UGUGGGUUUGGGAGGGGGUGACGUCAUUGUCGUUUCUAUGGCGGAGCUGAACUCUUCAAAGUUUCUCUGACGUGAGUGCUAGAGGCUAUUGUAAUGGAGCAGCUUCAGGGAGCAUGGAGAUCCAUCACCAACAGUCUGGGAAUGAAGGAGUCUGUGUUUGAGAGCUCAUGCAUGUCUCCUGUGAUCCAAGGAGUGCCAUGUCAGCACCGCUCCUCAGACGACUCCAGAACCAGCCGCACCAUCCGAGCCUUCCUACCCAACCAGCAGCGGACCGUGGUGAAUGUACGGCCAGGCCUGACGCUCCACAGCUGUCUGAUCAAAGCGCUGAAGGUUCGAGGGCUCCAGCCGGAGUGCUGCGCUGUCUUCAGUCUCCAUCCGGGACAGAGUAGCAAGAAGUCUCGUAUGGACUGGAACACAGACUCUACCUCGCUCAUUGGGGAGGAACUUCUAGUGGAGGUUUUGGACCAUGUUCCCUUAACUACACACAAUUUUGUAAGAAAAACAUUUCUGAAAUUGGCUUUCUGCGACAUAUGCCAGAAGUUCCUCUUGAAUGGUUUCCGUUGCCAAACAUGUGGCUACAAGUUCCAUGAGCACUGCAGCACAAAAGUGCCCACAAUGUGUGUCGACUGGACCAACAUCAGACAACUGCUAUUGUUUCCGACUCCUGGCGAGAGUGGGACUCCAUCUCUCCCUGCACUUACAUCUCGGAGAAUGAGGGAAUCCCUGACGAGGAUCCCUAGCAGUUUCUCCAGCGCUUACCCCCCAUCUGGAGCGGCUCUGACACAGAGACUGCGCUCCACCUCCACUCCCAAUGUCUGCGCCACAGUGGCUGUCGACAGCAGCCAGAUCGAGGACGCCAUACGCAUUCACAAUUCAGCUAGCAGCUCUCCGGAUCAGAGUCCAACAGGCUGGAACCUGCACAAUAUGGCCCAGAGAGAGCGGGCUCCGUCCCUGAACCCUCAGGUUAAAAUUCGGCCGAGGGAUAAGAGAGACUCGAGCUAUUACUGGGAGAUUGAAGCUAACGAGGUCGUGCUGCUGAACAGGAUCGGCUCGGGCUCCUUUGGAACCGUACACAAAGGGAAAUGGCAUGGUGAUGUGGCUGUGAAGAUAUUAAAAGUCACCAAGCCGACACCGGAGCAGUUUGAAGCCUUCCGCAACGAGGUGGCGGUUCUUAGGAAAACCAGACAUGUCAACAUCCUGUUGUUCAUGGGCUACAUGACAAAAGACAAUCUUGCGAUUGUGACGCAGUGGUGUGAAGGCAGCAGUCUCUACAAACACCUCCAUGUGCAAGAGACCAACUUCCAGAUGUUUCAGCUGAUAGAUAUCGCCAGACAGACCGCUCAGGGCAUGGACUAUCUACAUGCAAAAAACAUCAUCCACCGUGACAUGAAAUCAAACAACAUCUUCUUACAUGAAGGCCUGACAGUGAAGAUCGGCGAUUUUGGGCUGGCCACAGUGAAGGCCAGGUGGAGCGGUUCUCAGCAGGUGGAACAAACAUCGGGAUCUAUUUUAUGGAUGGCACCUGAGGUGAUCCGAAUGCAGGACUGCAACCCGUACAGCUUCCAAUCUGACGUGUAUUCUUUUGGCAUUGUGCUGUUUGAAUUAAUGACUGGGGAGCUGCCCUACUCACAGAUAGCUAACCGAGAUCAGAUCAUCUACAUGGUUGGUCGAGGAUAUCUGUCUCCAGACCUCAGUAAGCUCUAUAAGAGUUGUCCUAAAGCCAUGAAGAGACUGGUGGCUGACUGUAUCAAGAAGUCCAAGGAUGAGAGGCCUCUUUUCCCCCAGAUUCUGUCCUCCAUUGAGCUGCUGCAGCAUUCGCUGCCCAAAAUCAACCGCAGCGCCUCUGAACCCUCGCUGCACAGAGCAUCACAGAGUGAAGACAUCAGCUCCUUCACACUCACCUCCAUGAAGCUGCCCGUCUUCUAGAAGCCAAGUACUAUUGCCUUGUGCUGCUACAAUGUCAUUAAAAGAAUUUGGGACUGAAACUGUGCAAGAGUUGCAAACCAGAAUAAGAAGGGAACCGGAGAGCUCCAUUCAUAGCUGAUGUUGAUCUCAGAAAUGAAGUUUGUUUCCUGUGUUUGCAGGCCAGUGACAGAUGCAUUUUGAUUAUAACAAGAUUAUAAGAGUAAAGGAUCCUGCAGUUUUAUGUGUCUGAAAAGAUGUUGCCCUCAAUGAUGUUUGAAUAUUAUAUACACAAGAUUAGCUUCAUGAUUUAGUAUUGAGCUGUCAUUGAAUGCUGUUCAUUAGUAAGAUGCGAAAUAGUUUUACACAAUUUGAGCUCUAUUUUGUGAUGUCAAGUAUUUUGAAGGUGUAAUUGACUCUAUAUUGAAUAUAUACUGUUAAUCAAUUAUUUUAAUAAAAUUAAGUUAA